AUGGCCGAUGUCGAAGUGAUUCCAAAGGAAGAGGCGGGCAAAGUUAAUUUAAAAUAUGCAAAACGAAGUCAUCGGCAUGGACGACAUGCUCCACAGUAUUUUAAAGAAGGACAAAUAAUUGAUUGUAAAUUUCGAAUCGAUAAAAUGAUCGGUGGCGGUGGAUUUGGUCAAAUUUAUCGUGUCACCGAUGAACGUACCAAAUCAGUAUUGGCGAUAAAAAUUGAACCGGAAGAUCAUGAACCGGGUCGAAUGAUACUCGAGCAAAAGGUGAUGCUAAAGCUUCGGGGAACACCGCAUAUACCACAAUUUUAUGCAAGUGGUAAUUUUUGUGGUUAUAAUUUUAUCGCUAUGCAAAUAUUGGGCAAAAAUUUGAGUGAACUAAGAAAGCAUCAGCCAAAGAGACGUUUAAGCAUUUCAACAGUUUCUCAUGUGGGACUGCAAUCGGUGACAGCUUUAAAAGCUGUCCACGAUAUUGGAUAUAUUCAUCGGUACAUGGAUUUGUGGUUUGUAAAGAGGCAAAAGAAAAAUUUAAGUUUGAAUUUAUUUCAAAAGAUGGUACAUGUGACAAGAGACAAUGCAAUACAACGAAUAUUUUGCUGUAUAAUUUUGCAAGAUGUAAAACCUUCGAAUAUUUGCAUUGGGCUGCACCCGCACAGACGAACAAUUUAUAUUGUUGAUUUUGGUAUGGCUCGACAGUACCGCUUUGAUGACGGUGUGGUACGGAAAGAGAGGUAUUAUGCUGGUUUCCGUGGAACCGUAAGGUAUGUAUCCGUAACGGUACACGAAAGACGUGAUCAGGGUCCGGUCGAUGAUUUCUGGAGUUUAUUUUAUUCGUUGGUUGAGCUUAUUCAAGGUUCUUUGCCAUGGAGUGCAUUUGUAGAGCCGGAUGAAAUUGCAAAAUUCAAGAAGAAUGUCAUUUUUGAUGAAUUUGGAAGAUUAGUACCAAAGGAAAUGGAAACAAUAAUGAAACAUUUGUCGCAGUUGCAUUACCAUCAAAUUCCCAAUUAUGAACUACUUACAACGGAACUUAAUAAAAUGUUACCAAAAAAUAUGCCAGAAGAUUUGCAAUAUGACUGGGAAACAACACAAAGUGACAUAAAUUAA